AUGGCUCCUAAUGAUGUUCCAAAAACUGCUUUUAGGGCACAUGCUGGUCAUUUUGAAUAUGUGGUGAUGCCAUUUGGGUUAUCAAAUGCACCAGCCACUUUUCAGGGUCUCAUGAACUCUGUGUUCCAAUCAUUUCUGAGGAAGUUUUUGCUACUUUUCUUUAAUGAUAUACUGAUAUAUAGCAAGGAUUUGGAGAGCCAUGUGGAUCACUUAAGGCAAGUGUUGUUGACUCUUAGGAGCAAUAGUUUAUUUGCUAGGAGAUCUAAAUGCUUCUUUGUUGUUGACAAGGAGGUUUGUGAAGCUAUGAGAAACUGGCCUUUGCCUCAGAACCUUAAGCAAUUAAGAGGCUUCUUAGGCUUAGCAGGGUAUUACAGGAGGUUUGUGAAGAAGUUUGAAGUGGUGGCUAAGCCCUUAACUGAAAUGCUUAAGAAGGAUGGUUUUGUAUGGAGUGAACAGGCUAAGGAAGCUUUUCAGUUAUUAAAGAACCUGCUUAGUAGUGCACCAGUUCUUGCAUUACCUGAUUUCUCUAAAGAAUUCAUAGUAGAGGUUGAUGCUUCAGGUUAUGGAAUAGGGGCAGGGCAUGAGAAUGCGGUACCUAAUGCAUUAUCAAGGGUUGAGGAGUUAGAGUGCUGUAGUUUGAGUACUUAUCAAUUGCAGUCUGAUUUGGUUGAUAGGAUCAAAGCUACUUGGUUAACUAAUGUGAAUUUGAUGAAGUUGAUCAAGGAAAUUCAAGAAGGUUCAGCUGUGCAUAAACACUAUAUAUGGUACAAUAAAGAAUUAAGGAGGAAAGGAAGUGGUCAUUCUGGCAUUAAUGCAACAAUGCAAAGGAUCAAGGCUGUGCUACAUUGGAAGGGUUUGACUACUUAUGUGAAGAGGUUUGUGCUUCAAUGGUUGCCCAUGUCUUUUGAGAAGCAAGUCAUUCUAGUUGUGGUUGAUAGACUGAGUAAAGCGGCUCAUUUCAUGACUCUUUCUCAUCCCUAUACAGCAAGUGAUGUGCACAGGGAGUUCAGAUUCAACUUUCCUCCAGUUACCACCCUCAAACUGAUGGCCAGUCAGAAGUGCCAGCCUCAUUCCAUACAUCUCCUUUAUCUUCUUGGUCGGUCCAAAGUUGAGUUGGUGGAUAGAAGUUUGUUUAAGAGAGAAGAGAUGUUGAAGAUGUUGAAGUUCCACCUCAGAAGAGCCCAAGAAAGGAUGAAACAACAGGCUAAUAGGCACAAGACUGACAAGGAGUAUCAGAUUGGUGAUAUGGUAUAUGUUAAGUUUCAUCCCUGUAGGCAGAUUUUUGUGGCUCAUAGGAGUAAUAUGAAGCUGAGUCCUAAGUAUUUUGGUCCCUAUCAGAUUGUUGAUAAAAUUGGAGCUGUUGCUUACAAGCUUGCAUUACCAGCUCAGUCCAAGGUUCAUGAUGUUUUCCACAUUUCACAGCUUAAGAAACAUGUGGGAAAUGUACCAGUUUCGAGUACUCUUCCUUAUCAGUCAGAAGAUGCCUUGGCAGAUAAGGAACUAGAAGCUAUCCUAGAUAGGAUGACAGUUAGAAGGAAGGGAGCAGCAGUGACUAAGGCAUACCUACUCUUCAGGAUUAUCUUCAUUGUACUAGACAUAACAAUUGAGUCUGCAGUAAAUGCAACAUUGAUGUUGGCUAUGUUCUCAAACUUAGACAAGGUUGAUAAUGGUGUUCUUACCACUGCCAGUAGUCAUGUUUCCAUAAACAAGGUUCAAGCUUGA